AUGUAUGAUGAUGAUGUUUGUACUAUACCAUCCAGUUCGGCUACAUCUUUUUCAUCAUCAAAUUCAAAUGUUUCAGCAUCAUCUUCGUCUAUUUCAUUAUUGAAUACAAAUUCUUUAUCACCUGCUUCAUUAUCAGGACCAUCAACAUAUUCUAGUGAACGAAUUUAUCAUUUAUUAAAACAUGAGAAGCACCAAUAUGAUAUUAUAUAUAAAAAAAUAACAACAGAUGUUCCUUCAUACUGGUCUAUUUUUGGUUUUCCAGCAAAGCUGAAUAAACAAACUGGAAGUUUUGAGAGAAUUAUAGGAUUCACCAGUUGUGGUAAGUGUAAAAAAACUUUUGUCUAUGGUCCAAAUAGCGGAACGAAUCAUAUGAAAUCUCAUUCAUGUGUCGCGUUUGAAAUCAAAUCAAAUACAUCCACAACCAAGUCCACAACUAUAUCCACAUCAACACAACCAACAAUUGAUAAAAUGGUGUUGAUUAGGAAAACAUUAACUACUGGACAAUCAAAUGUCAUAAAAGAUUUGAUUGUACGUUGGGUUUGUGGCGAUAUUCGUCCUUUAUCAAUAAUUGAUGAUAGUGGUCUUCGAGUGCUUAUACAAGAAUGUAUAAA